AUGAAUCAACUAGCCUUAAAUACUAAAGAUUUUAAAACAACGAAGAUACCGAAACUUCAAGAAAUAGAUACAUUAUUAAGAUGCCAUAUUUGCAAAGAUUUCUUGAAAGUACCUGUUUUAACACCAUGCUCGCACACAUUUUGCUCCCUUUGCAUACGUGAAUAUCUGAAAGAUAACUCUAAGUGCCCUUUAUGUCUGAAUGAGUUACGAGAAUCGAUGUUAAGAAGCGAAUUUUUAGUGAACGAAAUUGUUCAGAGCUAUCAAUCACUUAGAUCGGACUUACUAGAGUGUUUGAAAAUAGAGCCCCGAAGUACUGAGACAUCAAUAAUUGAACUAGAAUCAGAGCCAGAUGACUUAGAGAUAAAGGGUUCAUCGAAGGCAUUGUUCAAUAUAUCUACCGAUGAUGAUUUACAAAUUGUAGGGACCAACGAAAGACCUCGCAAACGAUUGGCAUCAACAACAUUUAUUGGAAAAGCUAACAAGUCCAAUACUUAUAAACGGCCUUCUAGCUUCCAAUCUGUAUUAAAAGGUUCCACAGACCGAAAGAACAAGCAACCUCAGGCUCAAUGUCCGAUUUGUCAAGAAGCAUUCCCAAUUCAAGUAUUGGAACGUUCUCAUUUAGAUGAAUGUUUAACUCUGCAGUCCCUUGGUAAACCACCUAAACUUACAGUCAAGAAGUCUACACCGCCGCUACGCACACUUUCAUCAUCGUCAUCUUCAGUUGAUGCAGGCUUCCGAAUGAGCAAAAAAUAUAUGGAAAAGGAAGAUGAAGUCUCUCACACAGAACGAUAUUUGAACUCGACACUUCAAAGCAAUCAUCAGAGGCUACCGAAAGUAGAUUUUACGGCAAUGACCUUGAAUCAAACUAAACAAAAACUCUCUUCCCUAGGAUUGUCCACAGCAGGCACCAAACAGAAUAUGAUCGUGCGUUAUAGUCAUUUUGAAAUACUUUGGAAUAGCAAUUUCUGUGACUCAUUAGAUCCCGUGGACGAAGGCGAAUUAAGACGACAGCUUAUUAGUUGGGAGGCAUCGCAUAAUACUCAGACAGCUAAUAACAAUAACACAAAUAGUAUUAUAGCAAAAAUGAAAAUAAAAUCGACGAAUAGAGACUCAACAUAUGAGAAGUUAUUAGUAGAUUUCAAAAAAGAUACGUUCAACAGAAGAGCCUGGAUUGUUCUUUUCAAGAAGGAUUUUAAAAGAUUAAUAAAAGAGGCCAAAGAAAAGUUAAAGAGUUCCACGACAACUUCUAAUGACAAGAAUACUCAACCUUCGCUUGAACUUAUAGAGAAUAAACCAGUUAUAGUUGAUGAAUUGACAGAUACAGAUUUAUCGAAAGAGAUUGAAGAACAUUUACAAAACAAAGAGAUGCAAGCAUUUAAGGAACCAAGCACAAGCACACAAAAUGAAUGA